AUGAAAUUUCUUAACGCAGCAGCUCUCUUGCCUGCUCUGCCUGUCUUUGCCUCUCCGGCUGGCAUAUGGAAGCACCACGGAAAUGUCUGCGUGGUGAAAGCCUCUGGCACGAAUGAUUCCGCCCCGGCUAUUGUCGAAGCUUUCCAGCGGUGUGGUCAUAAUUCGGCCGACGAUCGCGGCAGGAUCAUCUUCACCAAUGAGACAUAUCAUGUCAAGUCUGUCAUGAAUACGACCGGCUUGUCCAAUGUCGAUAUUGAGCUUCACGGAACGCUGCUCUGGGACACAAACAUUCCUUACUGGUUAAACCACAGCCUACCGGUUGGAUAUCAGAAUCAGUCUUCAGCUUGGCUGUUUGGCGGUGAUGGAAUCAGGUGGGAUGGGUUUGGAGUGGGUACCUUGGAUGGAAAUGGGCAAGUUUGGUACGACUUCAUCAACGGUACGAACAAUUACCCAGGCCGUCCUCACCAGAUCACGAUAACCGGAACCAAGGACAGCAUCUUCGAUUCCACCCGCUUUGUCCAAAGCCAGAUGUGGACAAUGACCAUCAUCCAUUCCCAGAAUAUCCUUCUCGAAGACAUCUACGUAAACUCAACCGACACGAAACAGCAAGUCGGCUUUGAAUUUUCCUCUCUCAACACGGAUGGGGCAGACACAGUAUAUGCUGACAACAUUACUUUCCGCGGCUGGACCGUCGACAAUGGAGACGAUUCGAUCAGUACGAAGGCCAACAGCACUAAUAUUCUCAUCGAGGACUGCGAUUUCUAUACUGGACUGGGCGUCGCAAUCGGCAGCAUCGGACAGUACGAUGGUGCCUAUGAAAUCGUGGAGAAUGUCACCGCUCGCAACAUCACAAUCAACGAUAUGCGCUAUGGCGCCUACUUCAAGACCUGGACUGGCGUCAGUAGUGGCUAUCCACCAAAUGGCGGCGGGGGCGGUCUUGGCUAUGCAGCGAAUGUGACAUUGGAGGAUUUUGUGCUGAAGAAUGCGAGUGGCAUCCUUGCGGUGACGCAAUGUACGAGCUACAAUUCUGCCAGUGGCAACUGCGAUACAUCGGAGUUCAACAUUCGGGACUUGACGCUCAGAAACUGGACUGGCACGACUACUAGUGGAGUGAUGGCCGAUGUGCAGUGCAGUGCCGCGAGUCCCUGCACCGGCAUCGUGAUUGAUGAGAUGGACGGGAUCGUUACUACGACCAACAGUACUGUUCCGGAUAUCUACCUCUGCGAUUCAGUCGUGGAUCCAAAUGGAUUCAAUUGCACUGGGAAGCCAUGGGAGGAGAAUCCGCGGAGAUGA